UGGGCAGGGCGUGCUAAACAUGCCUCAAACGCUGCCCAUCGACGAAAACACGAACCCAAAACCAAAAAUGGCCGAGCCCGACGCGCGCGAAGCGCUCCGGCAGAAGCUGGCGGAGCGCGACAGGGCAAGGGCAGCCUUGGUCGAGGUGGUCCAGGAGGAGGACCAACGCAUAGCGCAGCUCCGCGAGAAGCGCGCACAAGAUCGGGAAAUGAGGCGCAAGGAGCACGAAGCAGCACAAACACAGCCACCACCGGCCCAACCACCGAAGCCGCGGCGGCGGCGCCGCAAACCCGUUUCUGAUGUGGAAGACGCUAGACGGCAAGAAAAGGAGCGCACGGCGGCGGAGGAAGCGGAAAAGGCGCCGCCGCCGGACCCGCGCGACGCGGAACGACGGGAGCUCUGGAAGGAGCUGGGCGCGUACGGCGAUUCCCUGAGGGAACGAGUAGAUUUCCCGGAGAAUUACGACGAAGUGGUGCAACUCAUGUCCCGGAACGAUCUCACACAAAAGGAGGAGACGUGGUCCGAGGCCGCACUAGCCGGCGGCGACUUCUCGAAGUACGCGAAUUUGUUCGCAGACGACGAGAACGACAGAAAGCUGCGGGCCGGCCUGGCCACGAUCGAACGAUUGGACCGGGAGCUCGCGAAGGUCCACGCGAAAGCUAGAGCUGUCAGGGACAUGGGGCAACUGCCGCCACCACCUCUUCAAAGACCGUCGUCCGCCGAUAGUACGUCAACGAAUCGCACGGGGCCGUUCAUCACGCAGAAGCGGCUGCACAAGCGCGUGCAGCCCCGAGAUGACGUUUCGGCCAUGUCCGAGGCGACCGUUGUCCAGGGCACGGACUUUGUCCUCAACAACAAAGUACAAGGCGGCGACAAGUCGCUGCUGACGAUCGAACAGCAGGAUAGAGCGUACCAGCUCGAGCUCGGCGAGGACGAGAACGAUGAGGUCUUGAGGGGUUUGUCUGAAUAUGUUGUGGACGAUGAGCGACUAAGGGAAAUAGAUGCCGAACUAGCGGCAUUGGGCCGCGAGACGGACGAGGUGCUGCGCGACGCGGAAGCGCGAGCCGCCGCCGUCGCCGCGAGUGCGAAGGAGGGCGAGGUCGGCGCGUCCGACCACGAAAAGGCGCGGAACUUCCUCCAGCUCGCGCGCGAGGCGCGCGCGCUCAAAGCUAGACAGAGUGACGUGGACGCGCAGCUGGCCGAGGUGCGCGCGCGGCCCCUCGUUUUAGCUGAGGACGAGGACUCCGAGGGUGUGAAAGCGUCGGACGUGAAGAAAUUGGUCGAGGAAUAUAGGGACGCGCCUCCGGUCCCGCGCGAGCGGCUCGACGAUCUUCUAAAAUCGCUGCGCGCCACCGAGGCGCCGUCGCAGCUCGCUCUGGCGUUGAAGGACGCGGAGAUGAUCCGGGACGAGAAGCGGCGCGUCGACGAGCGGGCGACGCCGCGCCGCGACUACCAAACGUUCGGCGACGAGAUCCACGCCGUUAUGGAACGGCGGAGCGAGGAGAAUCCCUUCGCACGAGACGACGAUCGGCUCGAGGACGCGCUCCUCGAGGCGUCGCUGCGGGCCGAGCAGGCGCUCCGGAAUUCUGACGCAGUGUUGGCGCGGUCCUCGGUAGCGGAGUAGUAAAACUUU